AUGUCUCCUCCAUUAGUAUCAGAUUUUUAUAAAAAAUGGUUCAAUGUAAUAGAUAUUCACAACAGAUAUCUAUAUUCAGGUGGUAUUCAUGGAUAUGCUAAAAAUUGGAGAAUAUUUGCUGUUUCAUGUUUAAUCAAGUCUUAUAUCAUCAAUAUCUAUUCAUUUUAUAUGUCAAUUACAUCAAAACACAUGAAGUUUGAAGAAUUUAAACAAAUUUUCAUACACAGCAUCAGAGAAGUUAAUUUAGUCCCAAAAAGUCCAUCCUCAAAUCAAAAUCAAAAUCAAAAUCAAAAUUAA